CCGAGACUGCUACUACCCAUCUGACUUCAACAUAGAGAGAUUCACUGCUGCUGAGUUUUGCUUGCCAGGACUGGACUCUCUCUCUUCUCUGGAUACCUUUUACUCUUCACAGCAAAUGGAGAUUUAUGCCAAAGAUAUGAAGAAACCAAGAUCAGUGUUCAGCAAUAUAAAGUUGUUUGUGCUGUGUCAUGGCCUGCUGCAGCUCACCCAGCUGCUGUACAGCUCCUACUUUAAGAGCACCAUCACCACCAUCGAGAGACGCUUCGGCCUCAGCAGUUUCUCCUCUGGCACCAUCUCCUCUCUGCACGAGGUGGGGAACACAGUUUUGAUAGUGUUUGUGAGUUACCUGGGCAGCAGGGUCCAUCGGCCUCGUCUCAUUGGACUGGGUGGUCUACUGAUGUCCAUCAGUGCUCUCAUCCUGGCCCUACCUCACUUCCUGUCCCAGCCCUAUGAGUACGACUCUGCCAUACAUGAUCGCCAAGACCUGUGUUCACUGCAGGGUACCUCCAACGUGACAGAGGCCUGUGGGAAAGCAGAGACCAAACGUAUAGCAGACACCAAUAACCUGUGGCUGCUCAUGGCUAUAGCUCAGCUGCUGUUCGGGGUGGGGUCUGUUCCCAUACAACCCUUUGGUAUCUCUUAUGUGGAUGACUUCGCCGGACAAGGCAACUCCCCCCUCUACAUUGCCAUCCUGUUUGCUAUGUCUGUGUUUGGACCUGCCUUUGGGUUCCUGCUGGGCUCCGUCAUGCUGAGGAUCUAUGUGGACGUGGACAGAACCGGCUCAGUCACCAAUGCUGAGCUGGCCCCUGCAGACCCUCGCUGGGUGGGUGCUUGGUGGAUGGGCCUCCUCAUCUCCUCUGCCAGCUUAGCUCUGACCUCCAUCCCAUACUUCUUCUUUCCUCGCAGCAUGCCGCUGGAAGGCAAUGCGUGUGGAACUGACAUUCAGAAUGAAGACUCCAAGAAGCCUGAGUUCUCACUGCUUGAUUUCCUUAAGAUGUUCCCCAGACUGUUUGUUCGGAUGCUCCUCAGUCCUCUGUUCCUGCUGUUGGUCCUGUCUCAGUGCUGUUUCUCUUCAGUCAUCGCUGGCCUUGCCACCUUCCUCACCAAGUUCCUGGAGAGACAGUACAGCACCACCGCCGCAUACAGCAGCCUCCUCAUAGGUGCGGUGAACCUUCCGUCCGUUGCCGUGGGGAUGCUGGUGGGUGGAGUCAUCAUGAAGAGGACAGGUCUCUCUCUGAAGACCAUCCCUCGUUUCUCCGUCGCCAUGCUCUCCAUCUCUGUCCUCCUCCUCAUCCCCCUCUUCUUCAUGGGCUGUCCCACACAGAAGGUGGCCAAGGUCAACUACAUACCCAAUGGGUUUCUGGCUACCUGUUAUUCCAACUGCUCCUGUCCUGCUAACGCCUUUAACCCAGUGUGUGGAUCUGACAACACUGAGUACCUGUCUCCAUGCCAUGCAGGCUGCAAAGAGUACACCAAAGACCCCAAGAACAAAUUCAGGGUUCUGGAGUACACGGACUGCAUCUGUAUAGGUCACAGCCAGCGUACUGCCCGCCCCGGACCCUGCCCCAACCAAUGUCCUCACUUCCUGCUUCCUGUCAUGUUCAUCAUCUCUCUGGCCGGAAUGAUCGCCUCCCUCACACACAACCCCAUCUAUAUGAUGGUCCUCAGAACUGUUCCCCAUGAAGAUAAAUCUUUUGCCAUAGGAGUCCAGUUCCUACUCUUGAGAGUGCUUGCCUGGUUGCCAGCCCCAGCCCUGUUCGGCAUUGCCAUCGACAGCUCCUGUAUCUGGUGGAAACAUGCCUGUGGCAACCGGCUGGGCUGUGGUUACUAUGACAAUACCAUACUGAGGAACAGGUACCUGGGCCUGCAGAUGGGCUUCAAGGUGAUGGGGAUCUUCCUGCUGGGGGUGGUGGGCUGGAAGGUCCAGAGGACCAGGGAGUACAGCCUGGAGAAGAGGCCUGAUGGACCACUCUGAUCUGGGAUACAACUGACCGCCUGGCUCUCCCCCCUCCUCCCUCUCUCCCAUCUCACUUUAAAGAAUAGUCUCAGGUCCACUACUUCCUUUCAACAGUCUGCUGAGAGGUAUUCUGUCUGAAUGAGCUCUCCUUUACCCACCUGAUCCACCUAACCCGUCUCACAUGAGAGAAGAGACUCGCCUAUCACCCUACCAGUGGGCAAUGUCAGGUGCCCUGAGGUCCACUAUGCCUUUCAACCAUAGACUGUUUCAACGGUCUGCUAAAAGUACUCUCAACCCCACCUGAUCCUCCUGUUGGAGUAACCUCAGCACUGAAGGACACUCCAGCUCUGGUAUGGAUACUAUAACACUCAUUCAGGACACUAUAGCACCCUUUGACUAUCCUAGACUCCUACACUAUCCCCACAUGGGGAAGGAGAUUCACUAUCCCUACAUGGGGAAGGAGAUUCACUAUCCCUACAUGGGGAAGGAGAUUCACUAUCCCCACAUGGGGAAGGAGAUUCACUAUCCCUACAUGGGGAAGGAGAUUCACUAUCCCUACAUGGGGAAGGAGAUUCACUAUCCCUACAUGGGGAAGGAGAUUCACUAUCCCUACAUGGGGAAGGAGAUUCACUAUCCCUACAUGGGGAAGGAGAUUCACUAUCCCUACAUGGGGAAGGAGAUUCACUAUCCCUACAUGGGGAAGGAGAUUCACUAUCCCCCACAUGGGGAAGGAGAUUCACUAUCCCUACAUGGGGAAGGAGAUUCACUAUCCCUACAUGGGGAAGGAGAUUCACUAUCCCUACAUGGGGAAGGAGAUUCACUAUCCCUACAUGGGGAAGGAGAUUCACUAUCCCUACAUGGGGAAGGAGAUUCACUAUCCCUACAUGGGGAAAGGGGGUUCAGUAUCCCCACAUGGGGAAAGGGGGUUCAGUAUCCCCACAUGGGGAAAGGGGGUUCAGUAUCCCCACAUGGGGAAAGGGGGUUCAGUAUCCCUACAUGGGGAAAGGGGGUUCAGUAUCCCUACAUGGGGAAAGGGGGUUCAGUGGCAGUGAAAGGUGGUGAUGUAGGUCAUUUGAAGGAUAAACAUGUAGUCUUUGGGUGCACAUUGAAAACUGUAUACUUGCUGUUAACCCAGGGAUGUUGUCAAUUCAGGUUUCUAGUUGCAGAAGGCAAAAAGUUAAAGCUAGCUUAAUAUUUAAAUUUGUCUCUAACACAGAGGCAUUUGGUGAGUGACAUUAUAGAGACUGAGUUUUUGUUUGAGAUAUUUAUGUUUUAUACACAGAAUGGUAAUUUUAUAAUCAUAUGAUCAAUAUCUCAUCAGCUUUAAUCACAAUAAUAUUCUAUGCAUCAAAUAUCAAUUACACUGUUUAAAUAUGUGUUCUCUUGUUGAAAUUGAACGCCAAUACAAUAUGGUCAGUUUUAGAUAGUCUUAAUUUACGUGCCUUUUAUAUGCAGCAACAAAUGAAUGUAACUUCUGUAAAUAAUAAAAUGUUUGUUUAUAUU